AGUCCAAUCCAACGGCCGAAAGUUAAUCCGGCUCAGUCAUCCACAUCCACGGUCUCUCCUUUUUAAUCUUCUCCUUGACGCGUAACCCAAUUCUCUGCUUUUCCUCUCUCUAGCCUCCCCAGACCUUUCUCUCUCUCUCUCUCUCUCUCUCUCUCUCUUUGUGGUAAUUGAAUCGCGCGGACAAGGGGAGAGGAGAGAGAGGAUGAUGCCGGCGACGAACGGUGGCGAUCCGAAUCAACGGCAGCAUCAGUGGCUGCAGGCGCAGCAGCAGCAGCAGCAGCAGCAGCAGCAAUGGUUGGCUAUGCAGCAGUAUCCGGCGGCGGCCAUGGCGAUGCAGCAGCAAAUGUUUUAUGCUCAGCAGCAGCAACAGCAGCAGCAGCAGCAGCAGCAGCAGUACAUGGCGUACCAACAACAGCAGCAGCAGCAGGUGCCGCAGCUACAGCAGCAACAGCCUCAGAAGGAGGAGAACAAGACCGUGUGGGCCGGCGAUCUCCAGCAUUGGAUGGACGAGGGCUACCUGCACACCUGCUUUGCUCAUACCGGCGAGGUCAUGUCUGUGAAGGUUAUCCGCAACAAGCAGACUGGUCAAUCAGAAGGAUAUGGAUUCAUUGAGUUCUUUUCGCAUGCAGCGGCUGAGAAAGUUCUGCAGAGCUAUAAUGGUGCUUUAAUGCCAAAUACAGAGCAGCCCUUCCGUCUGAAUUGGGCAACCUUUAAUUCUGGUGACAGACGUCCAGAUACUGGUUCUGAUCUAUCAAUAUUUGUAGGAGAUUUAGCUUCAGAUGUUACUGAUACAAUUUUGCAGGAAACUUUUGCUAGUGUAUAUUCAUCUGUUAAAGGUGCAAAAGUUGUCAUGGAUUCAAAUACUGGUCGUUCAAAAGGAUACGGUUUUGUUAGGUUUGGUGAUGAAAAUGAGAGGUCAAGGGCCAUGACGGAAAUGAAUGGCAUGUAUUGCUCUGGUAGGGCCAUGCGCAUAGGUGUUGCAACCCCUAAGAAACAGCCAGGAUAUCAACAACAAUAUUCUUCACAAGCUUUGGUAUUGGCUGGUGGAUAUGCUUCAAAUGGUGCCAUUGCCCAAGGCACUCAACCAGACAGCGAUUCAACGAACACAACAAUAUUUGUGGGAGGGCUUGAUGCUGAAGUUACUGAUGAAGAUCUCAGGCAGUCCUUUUCUCAGUUUGGUGAGGUUGUCUCAGUAAAAAUACCAGUUGGAAAAGGAUGUGGUUUUGUACAAUUUGCCAACAGAAGCAGUGCCGAAGAAGCAAUGCAGAGGUUGAAUGGGACCGUUAUUGGCAAGCAAACGGUUCGUCUUUCUUGGGGUCGUAAUCCAGGAAACAAGCAGUUGAGGACAGAUCAUGGCAACCAGUGGAACGGAGCGUAUUAUGGGAGGCAAAGUUACAACGGGUAUGGAUAUGCUGUGCCGCAGCAACCCGAUCCAAGUGUUUAUGCUGCAGCCGCCGGUUACGGGGCAUCUUCAAAUGGGUAUGGGAAUCCCCAACAGCAAGUAAGCUGAAGACUCGCAAGUUAAAUUUAGUAAUUAAAGACAUGAUGGAGUUGGAACUAGGAUGAGUUUAGCUGCAUUUGCUUUCUCAGCUAAAUUUGUAAUUUGUUGAAUUACAUAGCCGGAUUGAAUUUUGUUUCAUCUUGCACUUGUUGUGAAGACUUGUUUGAACCUCCCUUACAAUCUCGAGGGCUGCCAAAGUUGUCUUUUACAAUCUGUCUUCUAUGUUAUUUUUUAUGUCCGCAA